AUGUUACCGGUCAGUAAGAAGUCUGGCCGAUCUCUAUGCUUGCCAGCUUUUCGUAUCUCAGGAGUGCGUCAACGCGGCGCUUCUCGUCUUCAUCAACCUCGGUCAGCGAAGCGCGAUUCGAAGCGUGUAGCUUCGUCUAAGCAAUCCUACCCCUCUCGUUCCUCCUCUCUUCACAUCAAAAAGCCUGAGCCUUCUCCUGCUCAAGCGCAAGGAACUCCCUCGUCGACCCCCUCGAUAUCCGAUGCCCUUGCUUCGGCUUCGCCUUCCGAGAACAAUCUCCUUGCCCCCGUCCACAUCCCAGAAGACCCCAAUGCCGUUCUCAAGGAAACGCAUCCAGCCACCUCCAUUCUGGCCAAUUCGGGGCUGGUGGUACAGAGGCAAAUUGAGAUGAUGAAUAUUUUGCUCGGAUUUGAGCAGGCGAACCGAUAUGUCAUCAUGGAUCCACAUGGAAACCAUGUUGGCUACAUGGCGGAGCAUGAUGGAGGGUUUGGGAGAUCAAUAGGAAGACAGAUGCUGAGAACGCAUCGAGCUUUUACUACACAUAUCUUUAACAGGGAGCAAAAAGAGGUUCUUAGGUUCCACCGACCUUUCUCGGUGAUCAACUCCCAAAUACGUGUCUACGACCCUCUAGAAUCCGCUUCAUGGCUUCCUUCCGCCCCCGGAUCCCUAGGCCGCACCUCGCACGCCAUGAUCUCCAGUGCAACAGAUCAGCCCGCCCAAAUCUCCACUCUACCUCUCUCAGACAUGCGCAUUAUCGGUGAAGUACAGUCACAAUGGGCUCCACUGAAGCGAAAAUACAAUCUCUUCCUCUUUCACCAGCCUCCGGGCGAAACUAGCACACCGGUAUCCGCUACUGGCCUCGACCUAUCAGCAGCACAACAAGCCCAAGUAGCAGCGCAAUCCGGCGGCGCUGGUGAAGGCCAAUACGUCCAAUUCGCCUACAUCGAGGAACCACCUCUCUCCUGGGACUUUUCCCUACGCUCUUCGUCCAAUAAGCUCAUCGGCUCCGUCAAUCGGAACUUCGCCGGUUUCGCACGAGAGAUUUUUACCGACACGGGUGUUUACGCUUUAAGGAUGGAUGCUGCAGGGCUAGAGGAGGAGGCAAGCAAGAGACAUAUCAUAUCCAAAACAGCACAUGGGGAAAAGGCAUACAAAGACGUCGUUGCAGGUGAGAAAGGUGAAACGGGUAUGACCUUAGACCAAAGAGCGGUUAUGUUGGCAACAGCAGUGACGGUGGAUUAUGACUACUUCUCUCGCCACUCCCACGGCAGCGGGAUAGGGAUGAUGCCCCUCUGGAUGGGUGGUGGAGAGGCCGCAGAGGGCGGUGCAGCGGCUGGUGCUGCUGUUGGAGGUGCUGAGGGAAGCGCAGCAGGUGCAGCGGCUGGUGGUGCAGGGCGAGCAGUUGGUGGAGCAGCUGGUGCAGAAGAAGGUGCGAUAGCCGGAGCUGGGAGCAUAGCAGGCUACGAAGCAAUACAGAGAGGUAUGGGAGGGAAAGCGCCGCAACAACCGCCGCCGGUGGAUGAUGCAUCACCACAGGCACCACCCCAACAAGAUGGCGAUAUGUGGGGCCAACAAGAUGGUAGUCCGGAUGGCUGGGGUGGUCAAGGGGAAGGAGCAGGUAAAGGCGAAGAUGUCUGGGGCCAAGAUGGACAAGAUCCAUGGAGCGGUCAAGGCGGAGACGUUGGGGGUGGCGGUGGGGGAGGAGGUGGUGAUGGUGGUAGUGGAUGGAGUAUUUGGGAUAUCUUCGGUGAAUGA